UUGCGUCUCUGUGGUUAUAAAGUUGGGGGCGGAGAAGCCGAGGGUGGCUGGGAAAUGAUGGCUGAUGAAGAGGGAGAAGUCAAGGAGGUCUUGCAGAAAUUGCAGGAACUGGUGGAUCAGCUCUAUACAUUUCGAGAGUGCUAUUUCGAGACACAUAGUGUUGAGGAUGCUGGGAGGAAACAACAGGAUGUGCGGAAAGAGAUGGAGAAGACCCUGCAGCAAAUGGAGGAAGUAGUAGGUUCUAUCCAGGGCAAUGCACAGGUUCUGAUGCUAACUGGGAAGGCACUGAAUGUGACUCCUGACUAUAGCUCUAAGGCUGAGGAGCUUCUGUCAAAGGCUGUGAAGCUGGAGCCCAAACUGGUGGAAGCCUGGAACCAGUUGGGUGAGGUGUAUUGGAAGAAAGGGGAUGUCGCAGCUGCCCACACCUGCUUCUCAGGAGCCCUCACCCAUUGCAAGAACAAAGUCUCCCUUCAAAACCUGUCAAUGGUGCUUCGUCAGCUGCGGACUGACUCUGGAGAUGAACAUUCUCGCCAUGUCAUGGACAGUGUCCGGCAGGCUAAGUUGGCUGUGCAGAUGGACAUCCUUGAUGGCCGCUCCUGGUAUAUUCUGGGGAAUGCAUACCUUUCUCUUUACUUCAAUACUGGCCAGAACCCUAAGAUCUCCCAGCAAGCCCUCAGUGCCUAUGCCCAAGCAGAGAAGGUUGACAGGACAGCUUCCAGCAAUCCUGAUCUUCAUCUGAAUAGGGCAACGCUACAUAAAUAUGAAGAGAAUUAUGGGGAGGCUUUGGAGGGCUUUUUUCGGGCUGCAGCACUGGAUCCUGCCUGGCCAGAGCCCCGGCAACGAGAGCAACAACUCCUGGAUUUCCUAAACAGAUUAACCAGCCUCCUUGAGAGCAAGGGAAAGGUGAAGACCAAAAAGUUACAGAGCAUGCUGGGAAGCUUGCGCCUAGCCCAUCUAGGCCCUUGUGGUGAUGGGCACUAUCAGUCAGCCUCUGGGCAGAAGGUGACCCUGGAGCGCAAGCCACUGAGUGCUCUGCAGCCUGGUGUAAACAGUGGAGCUGUGGUCCUGGGAAAGGUGGUGUUCAGCCUCACCACGGAGGAGAAGGUCCCCUUUACAUUUGGCCUGGUAGAUUCAGAUGGACCUUGCUGUGCAGUGAUGGUGUAUAAUAUGGUGCAGAGUUGGGGAGUGCUCAUUGGGGACUCUGUAGCCAUCCCCGAACCUAACCUUCGGCUUCAUCGAAUUCAGCACAAGGGAAAGGACUAUUCCUUUUCCAGUGUUCGUGUGGAGACGCCCCUCCUGUUAGUGGUGAAUGGGAAGCCUCAGGGCUCCAGCAGCCAGGCUGCUGCCACAGUGGCAUCUCGGCCACAGUGUGAAUAAUCCUCCUUGGAUUGCAUGCCAAAGAGGGAGUGGAGGUGAAGAGAUAAUGCUCAAGGGCACUUGGCAGCUGGACCAGCCACAUUCAGUGACUCGGCUAGAAUUGGGGGGACGUUUUAGAUGACAACUUUCCCUUCCUCUGCCCUAUAAGACACUGUGUCCCUUCAUUCGCUCUCUGGUUCUCUCUGGGGCCACACAUGUCCCUGGUAUAUCUUUCUUGCCUCUUUUCAUUGCUCUCCUGUGUUUCAGGCAAAGAGCAUGGAAUUGGUAGAGGUGUUGGGACCUUGCCAUGGGACGGUCCCCAAGGUUCCAGUUCUUGCCUCCUUCCUGAGCCUCAUGUGUAUAUAUCAUUUCAAUAUUUAUUGCUAAGGGAGGGGGCUUAAUUUUUUAAUGGCUUAGUUUUUGAGCAAUUUUUAUUUUAUUUUUAAAAUUUAGGUCCUUCCCCUUCUUUGGGGCUGGAACAGAAUUAAAUUUGUUUGGAAAAAAAAAUUACUGUGUAGUUUGGCCUGCUUCAUACUCUUCAGGUUUGGAUUCUUGAUUUUAGGAUCACUUCAACCCAUUAGAGUAAUACUCCCCCACCCCCUGCCACAUACCUUUUUUUCUUUAUGCAAAAUAGUUUAUUUCUCUCUGUUAAAAUAAUUCAGGCAAUAGGCAUCCCAGGGCAGGAAUAGCACCUCCACAAAGUCUUUGGGAACCAGCCUUCUUCCAUUUCCCCAUCUGUCAUCCUUUGGGGUGGUCCUUAUCAUAGUUGAAGAUGACAGUAAUACUGUUCCAGUAGUGUUACUAGGCUGAAAGACCAGAGAGAACUAGAUAUUCAUUUUCUUUAGGUUCUAGUGAUAAAUUUUAUAACAGUUUCUCUUAAUGUCCUUGUGGGAAAAGGGGAAAUGUGAGGGAGGAUUUUCUUUUUUUUUUUUUCUUUUUUAGGCCCACAUGCAUGGCAUAUGGAGAUUCCCAGGCUAGGGUCCAAUCGGACCUGUAGCUGCCAGCCUCCGCCACAGCCACACAGGAUCCAAGCCAGGUCUGUGACCUACACCACAGCUCACGGCAAUGUCAGAUCCUUAACCUACUGACCGAGGCCACGGAUUGAACCUGUAUCCUCAUGGAUGCUAGUCAUAUUUGUUUCUGCUGAGCCACAAGGGGAACUCCCAAGAUGUUUUUUAUGUGGUUUUUACAUACGCCUGCUCUUAGAUUUCAAGCCUGUUUGAGUUUUUAAUCAUGCAAAGGUGUAUUUUAGCUAAUGCUUUUUCUGCAUUUAUUGAUAUGGCCAGUUAUUUUUUUUUCUUUUAAUCUGUUAAUGUGGUGGAUUAGAGUAUUUAGCUUUUGAUUAAUAAACCAAACUUGAGAGUUCCCUGGUAGCCUAGUGGUUAAAGACUCAGUGUUACUGCUGUGGCUUGGGUUUGAUCCCUGGCCUGGGAACUUGUACAUGCUAUGGGCAUGGCCAAGAAAAACCCAGAAGUAAAAAAAAAACCAAACUUGCUUUCUUGGUAUAAGCCUUACUUGGUCAAGACACGUUUUUUUUUUUUUUUUUUUUGUCUUUUUUGCUAUUUGGGCAGCUCCUGCGGCAUAGGGAGGUUCCCAGGCUAGGGGUCGAAUCGGAGCUGUAGCCAUUAGCCUACACCAGAGCCACAGCAACUCGGGAUCCGAGCCGCGUCUGCAACCUACACCACAGCUCACGGCAACGCCGGAUCGUUAACCCACUGAGCAAGGGCAGGGACCGAACCCGCAACCUCAUGGUUCCUAGUCGGAUUCGUUAACCACUGCGCCACGACGGGAACUCCAGACACGUAUUUUUUUAAUACGUCGCUGGAUUCACUUGUGUAAUAUCUAGGAUCUAAUAUCUGUGGGUCACAGGUGAUAUUAGUUCAGGAUUCUACUCUAUUUCUUCACCUAUUCUAGUCUUUUUUUUUUUUUUUUUUGUCUUUUUGCCAUUUCUUGGGCUGCUCCCGUGGCAUAUGGAGGUUCCCAGGCUAGGGGUUGAAUUGGAGCUGUAGCCGCCUGCCUACACUAGAGCCACAGCAACGCGGGAUCCAAGCCGCAUCUGCAACCUACACCACAGCUCCACCACAGCUCAUGGCAAUGUUGGAUCCUUAACCCACUGAGCAAGGCCAGGGAUCAAACCCGCAACCUCAUGGUUCCUCGUCGGAUUCAUUAACCACUGAGCCACGACAGGAACUCCAUACCUAUUCUAGUCUGAUUUUGGUAUUAAAGUUAUGCUAGACUCAUUCAGUGGGUAAAGAACAUUCCUCCUGUAUAUUUACUUGAAAAGUUUAUAUAAAAUCAUUUUAUCUUUUUUUUAGAACUUGCCUGUAAAGUUAUCAGCACCUGCCUUUUUCUUUAUGGAAAGAUUACUGAUUUAUAUUGUUUAAUGUUUAUUGGAUUGACUCAUUUAAGCUUUCUCUUGAUUCAGUUUUGAUAUUUUGUAUUGUACUUCCCUAAAUAUUUGUAAUGUGUUCCUUAUUUGUUUACUUUCUCUGGUAUCAGUAAUGUUCUUUUUCUCUGCGGGUAUUGUUUAUUUGUACCUUAUCUCUUUCUUUUGUCUCUUACAAAUCUUCAAAGAACUCGAUUUUGUUUAUUCUCAUCUUUUGUAUGUUUUUUUUUCUAUUUCAUUAAUUUUUAUUUUUAAUCUUCAUAGUGUCCUUUUUUCUUCUGCUUUAAGUGCCUAUUUCUGAGUUGGGAUACAAUUUUUAUAUCUGAUAGUCAACAUGGUAAUUAAUUGUGUUAAAUUUGCACUCAUUUAUUUGUAAUAUUGAACAUCUUUUAAUAAAAUACUGGUUAGCUACUUAUAAAUUUGAUGUAAAAUAUAGAAGAGAGCAUCCAAGACUGAAGAAACUGUAUUAAAGAAAAAAAUAUUCAGGGAGAUAAUAUUUAAGAAAUGAUGUAUAGCACUUUGAGCAUUCUAUAUUAUAUGCCACAUGUUAUAUUAUGAUUACUUGAUUAUAUGGUUUGAACUCUUAAAGGACAAUCACUAACUGUGACUAACUUA